UUAUAUGCAAUAUUCAACAAAUACUAGCUGCCUGCUUUGCUAAUGACGUAUUGUUUUGACACUACCGGACUUAUUUUAUUCACUCAUUAAAAUCAGAUAGGUACAACUGCAAAUGUCUCUCCAUUGUACAAUGAUCACAUUCUUUCGUCUGCAUGUCGUUGUCAGUCUUGAGAAUGCAGGAGACAUUUGUUUUUGGAGGUUUUGUAAUGCAGACUUAAUAAUCUCCCUGGGGUUCUGCGUUGCAGGGUGGUUGGAUGUUUUCAGGUCAUGAUAGAAAUCCCAUGUGCUUCCCCUCUGCGCCCUUCCAGGCUGUUGUGCUGUUAUUUUGAGAUGGCACUUCUUCAGUAUUAUGCUUCUUUGACUUUAACAAAUGUGUGUUGUGUUUUAGGAAUCUGUCCAAGGCCCCGCGUCUUCAAAAUGAAAUGUAAUGAUUGCAAGUCUGCAGAAUUCACAAGCAACAAGAAAUGAGGAAGAAUGUGUUUUUUAAUAAGGCUCCUUAUUUUGUUGGAUAUUCUUUUGUGUGUGUCUCCGUGAGUGAUCCUGUUGUAUUUUUGUAUAAUGCUGGAUUGCAAUCUCGACCGAGGUCCUCCUGCAUGGAUGUGCCACUGUCUGAGUGUGAGCCUAGGAGUGGGGGAUGGGGGAGAGGGGGGAGGGGAGCAAGCUGUGGCCUCCAUUUUCUGUGACGAGAGAACCCUGCUCGUCUCUCACAGGAGUGGAAUGUAAAGGCUCUGAGUCAGGGUUGUUUCCGUUUUAUCCAUCAGGUAUGACUUGCACAGAGGAAUUCUGUCAGUGUCUUUUCCAACGUGCAUCUGUGUGGAAUUUAUGCCAGUAUCAGCUGAGGAUUUAUUCGCCUGCACAUGUGAUGGAUCAUAGCUCCUGAUCUGACAAUGCUCUUUGGAUAACCACACGUUGUUACAUCCUGCCUUCCUGGUUCUGUCAGGAAUGUCUUACCAUGGCUGUAUAGGGAGCCUUUUCUUCAGCUGCUCUGAAUUGCCAGGCGAUGGCAUAUGCGCUCUCUUUUCAAGGCUUUGGUGUUAUGUAGCAGAAGGACUUGGCUAACAUUUUCAUAUUUUCAUGUGGGCCUCGUUUGUUCACUCAGUCCGGAAGAGGAAGGCCCCGGAGGGGUUGGGGUGUGUGUGUAUGAGACUGUUGGCGGGCUGAAACCAGAUACCCAUAUGCCACGGUUUUAAAGAAACUGCUCAACCCUUGUCUGUCCUGUUUGAGUCUGGCUGAGGAGGAGAUAAAGACGGAGUCGGAUGUGGUAGAAGGGAUGGAUACACCUGUACGAUCUAAAGCUCCUGAUGCAUCAGGGUCAGCAGAACGCUCCCUGGCACCGCAGAAGAGGAGGGUGUCCAGUCCCACCCACUCCUCCAAUGGACACUCUCCGUCAGACACCUCCCCCAGCCCACUCAAGAAAAAGAAGAAGCCAGGGGCCAUGAACUCUAACAACAAAGACCAGUCAGAGCUAAGACAUGGUCCCUUUUACUAUAUGAAGCAGCCAGCACUCACCACAGACCCUGUUGAUGUUGUACCGCAGGACGGGAGGAAUGAUUUCUACUGCUGGCUGUGCCACCGCGAGGGCCAGGUGCUCUGCUGUGAGCUCUGCCCCAGGGUGUACCACGCCAAGUGUCUCAAACUACCAGCUGAGCCUGAGGGCGACUGGUUCUGUCCCGAGUGUGAGAAAAUAACAGUUGCUGAAUGCAUUGAAACACAGAGCAAAGCAAUGACAAUGCUUAACAUAGACCAUCUCUCUUACUUGCUCAAAUUUGCACUCCAAAAGAUUAAACAGCCUGGGACUGAGCCUUUUCAGAAGCCUGUGUCUUUGGAACAGCACCCUGACUAUGCUGAGUACAUUUUUCACCCCAUGGACUUGUCUACUCUAGAGAAGAAUAUCAAAAAGAAAAUGUAUGGCUGCACUGAAGCCUUUCUGGCUGACAUGAAGUGGAUCUUACACAACUGCAUAAUAUAUAAUGGAGGUAACCACAAAUUAACAGCAACUGCAAAAGUCAUUGUCAAGAUAUGUGAGCAUGAGAUGAAUGAGAUAGAAGUAUGUCCUGAGUGCUACCUGUCGUCCUGCCAAAAAAGGGACAAUUGGUUCUGUGAGCCAUGUAGUCAGCCUCACACACUGGUCUGGGCUAAACUGAAAGGCUUCCCCUUCUGGCCAGCAAAAGCACUUCGUGAAAAGGAUGGGCAGGUAGAUGCACGGUUCUUUGGACAACAUGACAGAGCUUGGGUCCCCAUCAAUAACUGCUACCUCAUGUCCAAAGAGAUCCCUUUCUCCGUGAAAAAGACAAAGAGCAUUUUCAACAGUGCCAUGCAAGAAAUGGAGGUUUAUGUGGAAAAUGUUAGAAAGAAAUUUGGAGUUUUCAACUAUGCACCAUUCCGAACUCCCUACACACCCAACAACCAGCUUCAAAUGCUGCUGGACCCUGCCAACCCUAGUGCUGGCACUGUAAAAACAGAGAAGCCUGAUAAACUUCGCUUUAACUUUGAUAUAACUGCAUCUCCAAAGAUGGUUCUUGGCAAGAGUUCCACACCUAGUAGUAUGUGUCGGAGGGUGUCUAUGACAGACAUGCCUCGUUCCCCGAUGAGCACUAAUUCUUCAGUUCACACGGGGUCUGAUGGAGAGCAGGAUAUGGAAAAAGCCAGUCGAAAUUUGGCAUUCCACUAUAGCACUGGAGAGGAAUCUAUGGACUAUACUGCAUCUCCUGUCUCAGGGAAGGUUGGUCCAGCAGGCAGCUUGACAGGCAGCCCAAAGCCUCUCAACCCUGGAGUGGUACCCAAGCAGGAGAGGCCUGCAUCCACAGGAGGCAUUCUCAACCUCAACCUCGAUCGAGUAAAAGCUGAGAUGGACCUGAAAGAGCUGAGUGAAACUGUGCAGCAGCAACAGCAGCAACAAGUGGUGUCAGCCAGCCUCCCCACCCCAAAGAGACCCAUCAGGAGUCUUGACAAGACUAUUGAAAGCUGCAAGGCUCAGCUUGGAAUAGAUGAGAUUUCCGAAGAUGUAUAUAAAGGUGUGGACCAUAGUGACACAGAGGACUCUGAUAAAUCUGACUCGAGUGAUAGUGAGUAUAUCAGUGAUGAGGAACACAAGCCAAAUAGCUCCAGCAAGGAUGAUAAGGUUAAAGUGGACCGAAAGAGGCCCAGAGCAAGUACAGCAGAAGCAGAGACUAAGGAUGCAGUUGCAGUGAUGGGGGACAAAUCCACCCCUGAACCCCAUACAAAAGAAAAGCAGGACAGCAAUGGGGCAGAAGAAGCCCUCAAAGAGAAGCCUAAAGCGACCAAUUCUCAGCCCCUCACUGACAAGCCCAAGACCCCAGAGGAGGGUAGAAUACCUGCUGCCACAUCAGUGACCGAGCAAGACUCUGAUUCUGAAAGAGAGCUGGUGAUUGACCUUGGGGAUGAAGGAGGUCGUGACUCUAAGAGGUCAAGAAAAGACGUGGGAGCCUCUUCUGCCAAAACCUUCAAAGAGUCCAGUGCAGCCAAAUUGGAGGGUAAGUUACCCAAUUCUGCUGCAUCAGCUCCUCUUGCCACUUCCACCUCAAAAGACAGCUUGCAGCCUUCUUCAGCUGCUGUCAACAAUAAUUCCUUCACAGCAACUGGCCAGCCGAGUUCUGGUUCAGUUACGAGCAGCACUUCCAGCGCUCCCUCCACCUCAGUUGCAUCAACCUCACCUGUACCUCCAGCAAUCAAGAAGCAGCGCCCUCUAUUGCCCAAAGAAACUGCCCAGGCUGUGCAGCGAGCAGUCGUUUGGAAUCCCACUAAAUUGCAGAAUUCCUCUCAGAAGUGUCAUGUACAGAAACAGCAACAUGCAGAGCAGUCACCUGUGCAGUCACAAGGCCAGACGCAGGUGCAGACACAGGCUCAGCUUCAGACGAAUUCUUCCUCAAGUACCCGCUACCAGACCAGACAAGCAGCCAAAGUCCAACAAAAAGACUCAACUCAGAGUACUUCAGCUUCAAGUAGCUCUUCUUUCAUGUCAGGAGACUUCCCGAUACCUACUGCUUCUGCAGAUGUAGCUGCAGAUAUAGCCAAAUACACAAACAAAAUUAUGGACACAAUAAAAGGGACAAUGACUGAAAUCUACAAUGACCUAUCCAAAAGCACGUCGGGAAAUACAAUUGCAGAGAUUCGAAGGCUGAGAAUAGAGAUUGAGAAACUUCAGUGGCUCCAUCAACAAGAGUUGUCCGAGAUGAAGCACAACCUGGAACUGACAAUGGCAGAGAUGAGGCAAAGUCUGGAGCAGGAGAGAGAGAGGCUGGUGGCAGAGGUGAAAAAGCAAAUGGAGGUGGAAAAGCAGCAGGCUGUGGAUGAGACCAAAAAGAAGCAGUGGUGUGCCAACUGUAGGAAGGAGGCCAUCUUCUAUUGUUGCUGGAACACCAGCUACUGUGAUUACCCUUGCCAGCAAGCCCACUGGCCAGAACACAUGAAGUCCUGCACACAGUCAGCUACAGCUUCACAACAGGAACCAGAGGUGGAGCCCAACAUAGACCCUUCAGUGAAAUCAUCAGGUCAUUCCCCUGCCACACAAACUCUGCCUGCAGCAGCAGCGGCAGGAACACCAUCGUUAUCCUCAUCCAUAUCAGACAAAAGCAACUCUCCCACAUAUAUUGACAAGAGCAAGGACAGUACUGGGGUUACUGUGACAUAACUGUUACACUACAUUGUGGCAUGCAUUGGAAGGCUGUUGUGGUCUUUGCCGUGUCACAUUUCAAGCUUCACUGCCUGUGCUCUGUGACAAUUCACUUUAUUAUUUCCAUUCCGAAAUGCUUGGUGGACAUUUUUGUUGUUUUGUGUGUUUUUGUGGCUUCAUCAUGUGAAUAGUGAAUAUUCCGUCUUAAGAAAACAAAUGUGAGUUUGUAUGUUUCCAUACUAUAGUCUUGUCUCAUGUUAUGUCUAAACUACGUAGAUUGUAUCAAACAACAGCAUAUUUGCUACACUAAGAUGUUGAUUGCUGCUCUCAAAUACCAGGCUGUACUUUUUGUUAAUGGUUCUUCAUACAAUGAGAGAAAGGUUUAAACAGCCAUGAACAAGUGAUUCUCAUGUAUCAUGGUGCCAUCAGAAGUAUUCUGGAUUUUUCAAAUGCCUUUAUUCACUCACCCUUUCCAUGUCAAUGGUGGUUUACACCGGUUUGUUUGUCAUCCCACAUUGUAGGCCUAAGUGAAAAGGCCUUUGAUUUAUUAAAAAGAUCUAAAACAUUUAACUGUACAAAGUUUUUUAUAAUAAGAUACACGAACAAUAUUUAUUGUUAUAUGUUUUUAUAUGUUUUGAGAAAAUCACAUGUCAAUGUGUCUAAAAUUUAUUUGACAAUAAAUUACUCAUGAAUGUCAGUACUGGGCAAAGUCUGUUUUACUGUGUUUCCAAAGGUGAUGUAAAUUCUGGUUCGACUGAAACUGUGUAGACAUAAACAGAAAAAAAAUGUUUGGCUGGUAGUUAUUACAAGUGAGCAUGUCUGAUUAUCGCUUGUCUCGUUCUUGUUUACAUAUUGUAAAUACAAUAAAUUGACUU